CAGACAGACAGAGUUACUUUCACAUUUAUAAUAUUAGUAAGGAUUCUUAUGUAUCACUAGCGUAAAAGUGAGCAAAACCGCAAACAUAAGAACUGACUACUGAGCUAGCUUAAAUACAACUACACUUAAUUAUAGUUUAACUUGGAAUUCUUUUAUCCUAGUGUAAUUACCCGCAUUCUUCUUAUCUUAGUCUUUCAGAGUUCCGCGGCACCUACAGUGGAAACGGAUUUUCAAGUUUAUUAGCGUUCCGAGUAUAGGUUAACAUGGAGAACUUUUUAUAUUUCUUAUCAUAUCUCUUGUACUAUUUUCGACUUUUGUUUAUCUCUAAGGUUUAAUUCCAUACUUACAGACAUUUUUGUUUUAUAUUUACUCGACAUUAUUAUAUUACGUAAGCUAGAUUUAUCUGAGUAAAUACUGGGUAUUAACUUAACAAAAGAGUUUUGGGAAUUGAUGAAUACGUCAUAUGUAUGAAUAAGCAGUGAUCUUUGCUCGUCAUUCGGAUGUGUUUUUAUAGCGAUGCAAUAAAAAACAGACUUAUUUAAACAGUCACGUCAGUAGUAUGUUGAGAGAUUUAUACCUAUACAUACCUGCGAUGUGUAAUACGAAAUAUAAAUAGUCUUUUAUAAUUUCACACCCUAAUACACUUACGAAUAAGGGACUCUUGAUAUCUAUAAAAAAACGCAUGAAACCGGUGUGUUGCUUCGUGCAGCUACAAUUGCAACAAAGUACAGGCCUGCAUCUGUCUGUCUGCCUUUAUACAGUGACGCGAUUGUCCCGAGAACAAAACUUGUAAAACACUGGUAUAGAAACCAGAACAUGGUGAAUACAAAAUUGAUGAAUUCAUUUUAGCGAACGAAAAUGGGUAUGACAUAACGUGGAUGACAGAACGAGGAAAACAGCUUUAGGUACAUGCCGACAAGAAUAUCGAAUACGAAAACUACGUGAAUAUAAUAGCAGCCUACAUAAUACCAAACACCGCCAAUUCGGCGGGUACUGAUAACAUAGUGCUUUUACGAAAUAAGUAUCUAACCACUCGCUAAUUAUGGUUUCCUACACAAUUUGCAAAGCACUUGCGUCCGGUCUCACUGUCAUAAAUAACAUUGUCCCGAUUUCAAUUUGACAGCUUAAAAUGCUACCUAGAAGAACCUUAAACCUGUACAGGUUUAUGAGGUGUAAUAAUAAAAGCAAACUUGAUAUAAAGUCACUUCUCGAGACAGAAACUAUACAAGCGUUUCAAUCUAAAAAUUACUUGCGCUCACGACGUAAACAACAAAAGGAAAAGUAAAGGUCACGAGUAUCGACGUUGUUGCCUCUAAAAAGAACUUUGAUAUCUAAAAAUCGCGAGCAAUUAAGCUUUAUUAUAAACUCCAAUAGGUAUUUUGGCGAGUGAAAAAAGUGCGCCUGUUGCCGCCUUGGAAGUGGGUCGAGGCGGCAACGUCGCAUAGCGGUACCGGCCGCGGAGUGGCAACAGCGCGUCGUGUAGCGCUGCCACCACACAUCGUCGAUAAAUUCGGGCUCGGUAAACUCAAAAUGUAAAGGGACCCAUUCAUUACCAUUUUUUGCAGAUUCUAAUCGAACACAGCUAAUCAAUCAUCGUGCUCAUCCCGAUGUACGAACAUUAAUUGUGAUUACAAUGAGUAGGUUUUUGUUUGGCUAUGAUUACAAAUACAUUUAGCUAGCAGUGUGGUUGGUGCCAUGUCUCUGCUACAUUACUGGUAUGAACUCAUAACUAAUGAGUAGCUAAAUGGAACGGGCUACAGCUAUAAAUUACUUUAGCGAUUUACGUCGCUACAAAUCAUUGCAAUGAACGCCUAAAACACACAUUAAUAGUAGUAAACACUACAUAAUAGACUUGACCCUUGAAUAAUGUAAGUAGGUAUUCUUGGUAUUCUUUACUGGCCUGGCUACCGAACAGACCCGCUCAUAGGUGAAUGACACGUAUUGCGUAAAAUUCUGAGAAUAUUAUUAAUUCUAAUUACGUGAACAUUGAAUAUAAGUAAACGAGCACCUACUUAUUAAAACGCCUACGUUGGUAUUUCUUUGUUUAAAUAAUGUUUGAUUGUUGGAAUAAAAUAAUGUCAGUGCCGGGACAUUCGAGAACCGUAGGAGCCAUUGCCACUGGGAAUAGAAGUCGGUCGAUCGAUACGAUACCGACAUACUGAAGGUGUCUGUAGAUAGACAUAGUCAUAUAAUGUCGUCUUCAUGUUUUUUUUUCUUUUUGUAGUAGAAUUUUCUGAUGUCUACUAAAUUUAAAACCCAGUCUCAACCAAUUUUUGAAUGGAAUCGAAACGAUAUCAAGAAUUCUAGUCCAGAGUGUUGUGUUAUGUAGCUCCAUAUUUAAACCUAAACAAAAAAUAUUUUUUAUUAACUUUAUUAUAAUGCGCGCCUCGGCCGCUAGCUAAUGACUCCGAAUCUAAUAAAUAAUGCAAACAUGCAUAUUUAUAAGUUCCGUCCAAAACACUCCUUUGUGUUAAUAUUUAACGCGUCGAAGGUUUAGCGUGAAAACACGAAAAGUGCAUCAGAUUAAAAAUAAAAAAAUACAACAGAAAAGAGGUCCGUGCGUGCACGAUUUGGCAACGUCGCACGACUCGACCGCACGCCGCCGCUCGCCGCACGCUGCGGGCACAAACGCAAGACGGAGCGCGGCGGCCAGGGCAGACGUGUUGCGGUUUCUCGUGAGUCGCACCACAAAGGGUUAUUUUGAAUUUGAAUGUUUUUACAGAAACCUGCCCAUGUUUCUACUAAAAUAGUUUGCAUAGGUAGAAUGUUCAAAGGAGGUUGUCUCAAUUUAGGAAAUGAGUUUUAUUUACAUUUCCCAGUCCUAGUCGGAGUCCAAAAGUUGUGCAUUAAAGUCGACACGUAUCAUAUUAUUUAGAGAGAUUAAUUCUGAUAUUUACGUUGUACAACAAUUAUUUUUAUUUUAUUUGCAUCUACCGUGGGAUGUAUGAAACAAUAAUGUAAUUUAUCAAUAACUAUAAACAAAAAUAACAUAGGUUCUUAUCGUGUUAAAAUGAAUCGAUUCGACAAAGUUUACGACACUACGACACGCCAGUCGCAGUGGGCGGGCAUUCUGUCGACGGCGAGUCGCAACGCGGCCAAUCACGGGAGUCGAGCGUGCGCACAAACGCGCGAUAAUGCGUCAGUCGCAUCGCGCCCCGCUGCGGAGGUGGCGCGUUUUUUUCGUCGCAAUCAUAACUUCGCCUUUAUUCCGACGAUUCAAGUGAUUUGUCAAAAUGUCAAUCUUUAAUCCAGUUCAAUUGAUAGAUGAAAUAAAAAAAAGGCCAGCUUUAUACAAAACCGAUCAUCCGGCCGAUCGCGAGGAAAAACUGGCGUUAUGGAAGGAAAUAGGAUCGGUUAUUUACCACGAUUGGGAUCAUUACAGCAAGGCAACAGCAUAUGACAGAGUUUUACAGUUGCAAAGGAAAUGGAGAUCGUUGCGGGACGCAUACAACCGAGAACUGCGCGCGCGCCGCUCUGGCAUAAGGAUCAACAGACGAGUUUAUCGGUAUUUCAAGAGGAUGAGCUAUCUCGGUGGAUAUGAGGGCAUUUUAAGCGAAGACGACGAAUUUGAAGAAGAAAUAAACUUGGAGCCUCAGCAUCCAGUCGAAAACUUAAACAACGACUCUAUUAAAGGCAAGAAGGGUAAACGAAGAAAGAGAAAAAGAGAAUCCAGUAUGGGUAGUAACCAGGCGCCAGAGGAACUGGAAAUGCCGAUGUUCCCCGUAGAGAUACAAGAAAAUGAGACCGACAGUGAUAGAUUGUUCUUAUUGUCUUUUCUCCCUGAAAUGAGACAGCUACCAAUUAAUAUAAAGAUGUGGGUGAGGGCCCAGAUAGCUAAUGUAAUGCAGGAGGCUGUUUCCUGCCACUACAAUAAUACAAGGCCUGGGACUUCUGGAGAAAGAAACUUCAUUGACAUAAAAAGGCAAAGACAGGAUAGUACUGAAUAAGAAACAAACCCGUUCCGCGAAAUGGUGCUUAAUCUAGAUAUCUAGGACGUUAUUGUUUUUAAGUUUAUGUUUCAGAAUUAUAUCUUUGUUAGUAUCUUAGUCAAAUAAGGUGAGGCAAGUGACGCAUGUAUAAAUCUGGUUUUAUUCUAAACGAAGAGGAAGUACAAGUUGUUAUAAAUAUAUGACGUAACAUGUUUUUCAAAAAUAACGAAAGUUGUUUAGAUAUUUACAAGAGCGACAGGUAUUAAAGUUUCAUAAUAAAACGUCACGAAAUGCCACGACUCGCACGAAACUCUGCCAACUACUAAAUAUUAUGAAAAAAAAAACAAAAUAUGAACAAUAUCCAAGUCUGUUGGCAAAAACAGUGAGUUUACGAGUGGGUUACACUAAUACGAUCGGGCUGGCUUUUGGCAAUAGGUCAAAUACAAAGUAGCUGAGGGUUUAGUGUUGUUGUGAACACAUAAACAAUAUCGACCUAAUAACUGGAGAUUGUUUACCGAAUUAGAUCGCUAAGAAUAGAACAACCUUCAUGAUCAGAAAACACUACAGACACUACAGUAGUUGCAAAUAUCGGCGCAACUCAGAAGUCAGAUACGAGUGCAAGUAAAUUGUAAAAUUUUACUAUCUACCUAUAAUACAAUAACUUGCUACACGAAUUCGCUUGACUCCAGAACCGCCAUCUUAUAAUGCGCCGAGUUUAACGAUCGCAAUAUAUCGGCAAAGCAAUAUUAUUUAUUAAACUAGAGUUAAAAGUAUUCUUCAUCUUCUUCAACUGUUGGAAUUUAAUCGCAUAAGUUGUUUUCAGUACUUUCCAGCAAAUAAAUUGGAAAUUAAUUUUAAUCUAAUCCCUUGGCUUUUGCUAUUUUUAGUUAUUGAAGCUAUGUUUGGUUAUAACUAAUUAGGUAUUUUUGUUUAGUUAUCUUCACAUUAUUUUUAUUUAAGAAGUACUUGUUAUCUUAAUUAUCUUAUUAUAGUUACCAAAGUUUAUGUUUAUGAGUUGAUAAGUAUUUAGGUUUUAUUGUGUUAAAUAAAGGGAUAUUUUUCUAGUCUAAAAGAGAAAAUAAUAUAUAGAUUAGGUAGUAACAAUGACAGCUAUUUUGCUAGACUUUUUGUUACUUGUUUAUCUGCUUGGUUACAAAUUUAGCCAAUAGUAUAUGAUGAUAGAUGUUUCCUUAAUAUUGUGCGGAAUGAUGACGUCAUGAAGUGACAAAAGCACAAAGACUUGAGUCAAAUACUUGGCCUAAGUAUUUUUCUUGAUAUUUGUUAAUGAUACAGAAUUUGCCUUAAAUAAUGUACCUAAACAGUAAUGUGAUGAUGUUCUAGGUUAUGCUUACUUAAUAUUAUAAUAAAUGUUAUAUUUUCUUA